AUGGACCGCCUCAAGACCCUUGCGCGGCACGUCACCGCAGAGGAAGCCCCGCUGCGCCCGACUUCCACCAGCUCGUCCCAGCCACGGAAGGUUUGGUAUGCGCCCUACAAGUUUCAGGCCUAUGGCGAAGAGGAGAUUGCCGCAGUGACCAGCGCCCUGCGGGAUGGCUGGCUGGCGCCCGGCCCCCGUGCUGAGGAGUUUGAGGCCAAGGUCGCAGCGCUCUUCGGUAAAAAGUUCAGCGUCAUGGUGAACUCCGGCAGCUCUGGCAACAUCAUUGGCUUGGCAGCUCUCGGUAUGCAGAAAGGUGAUGAGGUGGUGACGCCAGCUUGCACCUUCGCAACCGCGGUGGCUCCACUCGAGCAACUUGGGUUGAAGCCCGUCUUUGUGGACAUCGUGCCAAAUCGAUAUGUGCCAUCGGUAGAAAUGGUGCUAGCAGCGAUAACCCCAAAGACCAAGUGUAUCCUCAUUCCCAACCUCGCGGGCAGCAAGAUCGAUUGGGCUGAGCUUCGCCGGAAAGUGCCACCCAGCAUUUGGCUCUUCGAGGAUUCCUGUGACACGAUCACCUACACGGCGGAAUCCGACGUGUCCGUGAUCUCUUUCUAUGCCUCCCACAUCAUCACCGCUGGUGGCCUUGGCGGCUGCGUCAUGUUCAACGAGGAGGCCUUGCAGAAGAGAGCGCUGAUGUUCCGGGACUGGGGCCGCGUUGGCAACAACUCGGAGGAUAUGUCGGAGCGCUUCGGCCACAGUGUGGAUGGAAUUGAGUAUGACUUUAAGUUCCUCUACGGCUGCAUAGGUUGGAACAUGAAGGCCUGCGAGAUGAAUGCCGCCUUCGGCCUCGCGCAACUGCAGAAGCUGGACCGCUUCAAGGCGCUCCGGCGACGCAACAUUGCGAGGUAUUGUGAGAGACUGGCUGAGGCGCAGACGCGCUAUAUUCUGCCAGAUCGAGCCAAUGACUUUGACUGGUUGGCGAUGCCUUUGCUCUAUCAUGAUCGCAAGGGUGUCCUGCGAUAUUUAGAGAGCAAUGAAGUUCAGAUUCGGGUAUUCUUCGCAGGCAACAUCACAAGGCACCCAGCCUACCGGCAUUACUUGCAAGCAUUUCCCGGUGCCGACCAAGUCAUGAAGGACGGGUUCCUGAUCGGCGCCCACCACGGGCUUGAGCUGGAAGAUGUGGACCGCGUGUGCGAGCUACUCAUCGCGUAUGAUCGCGCGAAUGGCGACAUCGACGUCUCCGGUUCCAAGGCUAAGACGGCCGCGCCAAAGCUUGGCCGGCGUGAGGGAGGGAUGGCGCGAGCGGCCAGGCUCAGGCCCCGCCUGUGGCCAGUGCUGCUUGCAGCUGCGGUGCUGCCAUCAUGGGAGAUUCCUUCCAAUCUGUUCGUGCCGCUCUCGCCCAAGCCGGUGUCCGAUGCCAGACAUCGGCCUGAUGGGUCUGACAAACCCGAGCCUUUCACGGAAGGAUCCUCUCUGCCCAGAAGAGCCGGCACCGAGGGAUCCGUGCAGGCUGGCGAGAGGUCUCAAGCGGUGCAGGUGUGGGGCGUGCUGGGCGUUGUCGCCUACCUCUCCUACGGCGUUUUCAAAGUUGUGCCGAUCGUGCUAGAUGGUCUGGGCUCCAUUGAGGAGACGUGGCAGUGGGGCUUGCUCGUCGUGACGCUCCUCUUUUUCGCCUAUGUGGAGGGCUACCGGGGCUUUCAGCUGGGCUUCUCCCCUCGGGUCGUGUCCCGAGCUUGGGUGGUGUCUGAGGAGACAGAGGCGGCACCUUCUUGGCACAAGGUCUUGGCACCGGCCUUUUGCAUCGGCUACUUCCAUGGCACCACCAAGCGGGUGAUCACCAGCUGGGCGGUCACUUCUGUCAUCUUUGCUGUGGUCAUAGGCGUGAAGCAGCUGGACAAUCCGUACCGCGCCAUUAUUGACGCUGGUGUCAUCGUUGGCUUGAGUGGCUCGGGUGCCCUGUGCUCAGUGUGGGGUAUCCUCUCUAUCAUCUUCCUCUACUUGGCCUCCUUGCAGAAGCAGUCCCCGCCGGAGUACGAUCCGGCGCGGCCGCUUUUUGUGCCGGACAGGUUUUGCGGGAGCCCCAGCACAAUGUCCAGCUUGAGAUGCCUGCUGCUGGCCCCACUGGCUGCCUUCGCGUCGGAGGGGUUUCUCGCCAAGGCGAAGGUUCCUCAGGCGAAUUUGUCGCUGGUGGUCAGUUCCUGUUCAGCAUAUCCCAAGUGUGUGGAGCUGGGGCUGACCACCGGAACUUGCUGCCCGAGCCCAGGGCCAAAUGGCACCAUGCUGGACUGCUGCGUGGACGGCCCCACCGCCUGCUCUGCCUACAGCGGCUGCGUCAAUGCUGGCCACACCACAGGUACCUGCUGCGCCGAAGGGUCCAAGUUGGAGUGCUGUGAGGACAGGCCCACCAGCUGCUCGGCCUACGCCGGCUGCGUAGAACUGGGACUCACCUCGGGCGCAUGUUGCACCGAGGGCUCCGAGCUGGACUGCUGCUUCAGCGAGGUUUCGGCCACACCCGCGCCGGCGCCGCAAGAUGCAGCCUGCAAGAUCUUCCCUCUCUGCGCGGCGCUGAACUUGACGACAGGAUCUUGCUGCCCCACACCUGAUGGAGUGGUGCUGGAGUGCUGCAAUGGUGGCAGAAUCAUCAACGGCGACCAGGCUGCAGAGUCUGGCAAGGCUGAGGGUGAGACGGAGCCAAGCGAACCGAGCGACGCGAGCGAUGGCGUGGAGCCAUUGGAAGGCCCGGUGGAUCCUUGA